ACGGAAUUUGAUUCCAAACAGUCAAGAAGCAAACUCAGCAACAUAAAAAUACAGUGCAGCGGUGCCACAAAAUCAGUUGUGCCUAAACGAUCAACCAGUGUAAACAUAAAAACGUAGCAAAAUCAAAUUGUGGAUUAUUAAAUAUUUUCUUAAUUAAAUCGUGGAUUAAAAAAAUUAAAUAAAAAUCAUGGCUAGUAUUUGCAUGACACCAAGAAAUUACCAGCAACAACAACAUUUCCAACUAAUGAAUGGAAAUUAUGUUUUGAUGCAACAACAGCCAACGCAAUAUGUAAACAAACUUCAAACAAUUGCGCCAACUCCAACUAAAGUUUUGGGCAACAGCAAUUUGCAGAACAUACAAUCCGGCGUUGGACCCAUGCUAAAUAAGAAGAAGUACACUUAUGCCAAUAUGCCUUAUGGUGAGCAAUUGCCUUCGGUAGCACGGCGUAACGCACGUGAACGCAAUCGUGUCAAACAAGUGAACAAUGGUUUUGCUAAUCUGCGUCAGCACAUACCGCAAUCAGUGAUCAACACAUUAUCAAAUGGUGGACGUGGUGCUAGCAAGAAACUGUCCAAAGUUGAUACAUUACGUAUUGCAGUUGAGUACAUACGAGGUCUGCAAGAUAUGCUAGAUGAUUGUAAGGAUGCGAACGAAUCACAUUUAGACGAAAACAGCAACGAUGGCUUGAGCUAUGGGUACUCAUCAAUUGACAGUCCAGCUGAUGCGCAAUAUCAACACCUACACUCCUACCACUCUGACGCAUCAGCUUCACCCGCACCAUCAUUUAGUGAUUCUGAUAUAUCUAUUGGAGGUGCAAAUAACUAUUUGCAACCUAUAAAAUUAGACGACACACAGCAUUCAGAUUUGCAUUUUAAAUUCGAACCAUUCGACAACUACAGUCAACUUAAUAAUGAAGAUCAACCUGAUGAUGAUGAAUUAUUGGACUAUAUUUCCUCAUGGCAAGAACAGUAAAGUCAAAGGAAACAUUUGUGAUGUGAUGCUUGAAAUUAACCCGCCUUAAAGAAAAAUAUGAGACAAAAUAACCCAGUGGCUGCAAUUCAGUAUUGUCAACUGCAUCUUUUAGUUCCUGUUGCAACAAUCUGGCUCAACUUUUGAACACUAGUCAAGGUGUUUAGUAGUCUAAAGUAAUUGAAAUGUAUAUUCUGUAAAUAUUUGUAUGAGUGCAGUGCCUUGAGUAUUUUUAAUUGUAUUAAUUUUAGUUCUUAAGUUUA